CGUGCCACCACGCGACAGCAGCCAAGAUGAGAUCGUGCUGGACGUCCCCACGGUGGAUCCUCCUCCGGGUCCUGGGAUCACGAGUGCUCCGCCUCCUCCGGGUCCUGAGCCCACGGUGGAUCCUCCUCGGGGUCCUGAGAUCAAGAGUGCCGAGCUCAUGCGGGACAUGAGCAAGUACAUCCUGCUGCUCGCAACGCUGGUGGCCACGGUGACGUACGCCGCGGGGUUCAACCCGCCGGGAGGCGUCUGGCAGGACACCGACGACGCCGCGGGCCGCCUCGCUGGCGACUCCAUCAUCCGGACCACCAGCUACCGCCGGUACCUGGUGUUCUACUACUGCAACGCCACCGCGUUCGCCUCGUCGCUGGUGGUCAUCGUUCUCGUCCUCUUCCUCGCCCUCCUGCGAGACAGGAACAAAUGGAUCAGCAUGCGGCCGCUGCUGGCAGCCAUGGUGUUGGACCUGGUGAGCGUCAUGGGGGCCUACGCCGCCGGCACCUGCCGCGACAAGCUCACCACCAUCUACUCCUUGGUGCUGGUGGGCCUCGUCGUCCUCUACCUUGUCGGUCAAAUGGCGGUGGCCUCCUUCUGGCCAGGUCACUACUUCUACUCCCACGACGACCCCACCGCUGAUAAACGGCUCCGCAAGGUCCUGAUGCUACUCGCGACGUUUGCGGUGAGCGUCACCUACAUAGCCGGGAUGAGCACGCCAGGUGGCUUCUGGGACGACCCCGAGAGCGGCCACCGCCCCGGCGACGCGAUCCUCAAGGACAGCCACGGCAAGCGCCUGACGACCUUCUUGUGCUUCAACGCCAUGGCGUUCGUGGCGUCGCUGCUCAUCAUCGUGGUGCUUCUGGAUAGGAAGCCCCGCUUGAAAGAGGCCUACGGGUGUAUCGCCAUUGCGCUGAUCAGCCUCGUCGGCGCGUACACCGCCGGCAGCUGCAGGGAGACCGACACCACCAUCUAUGUCAUCAGCCUGGUUGGUGCUGUCCUCGCCUUCAUUAUAUUCCUCCAAGCUGUCGUUUAUUUCAAAGAAAAAGUGCCCGUUCUUAAAACUGACCUCUGUUUCUCUGCAACUUCCAGGAAGGCAGCGGACAAGGCUAGCUCCCUUGUUCUGUUGCUCGCCACUCUUGCAGCGGCCAUCACAUACCAAGCAGGGUUGGACCCGCCGGGUGGAGUCUGGCAGGACAACGGACAAGGGCACAUGGCCGGCGACCCGAUCCUCUUGACCACGAAUCCUGGGCGGUACAAGGCCUUCUUCUACUGCAACUCCGUCGCCUUUGUGGCAUCCUUGGUCGCCAUCAUCCUGGUCCAGAACAAGCUUCUGCUCGAGACCCACGUGCUGGAGGCAGCCAUGGUAUUGGACUUGUUUGGCCUCAUUGGUGCGUACGCCGCCGGGAGCUGCCGGGAUGUAAGCACCUCCAUUUACGCCAUGGCCUUGGCAGGGGGCGUCCUGGUCUACGUGGUGAUCCAUGUCGUCUUCCUCACGCUGGACCACACCGACACCAUAACCCCGCAGGAAAUUGAGAUGGUGGAGAAGAGGCGCAAGCGGCUGCUCCUAUUCGCGGUCUUGGCCGCGACCGUCACUUACCAAGCCGGGUUGACUCCUCCGGGCGGUUUCCGGCUCCAUGACAAUGAGUCUGGUGGGUUUCAAGCAGGUGACCCGGUCCUCCUAAACAACUUUCCGCGCCGCUACACCGCCUAUUUCUACUGCAAUUCGGUGAGCUUCAUGCUGUCCAUUGCCCUCAUCAUACUGCUAGUGAACCCACAUCUAUACAGGCCAGCCAUACGAAGCUAUGCGCUCGCUAUUUGCACGGCGGUGGGCAUGUUUGGCCUGAUGGGUGCCUAUGCUGCCGGAAGCACGCAACAUCUGAAAACAUCCAUCUACAUCUUCGCGCUGGUGGUUGUGGUCCUCUUCGUUAUAGCUACACUGUUCCUAUUGUUCUUGAAUAAGAACAGAAACACCAGCAGUCAACCGAAGCCAGAGAACGGCGAGGACGAUAAAAAGACAACAUAUGCCAAGCAAAAAUACCUGAUGCUGCUAGGAAUCCUUGUGGCAAGUGUCACCUACCAAGCCGGCCUAGAUCCGCCCGGGGGAGCUUGGCAGCACAGCAGUGAAUGGUACGACGCAGGCAACCCGGUCAUGCAUGACAACAGGAGGCCCCGGUACCUCGCCUUCUUCUACAGCAACUCUACGUCCUUCGUGGCGUCCAUUGUUGUAAUCAUCAUUUUGCUACUGGAGUGGAAGGACAAGAAGAAAAGGUCGCUCACACUCAGGGUGUUGAGCACGACGAUUGUGCUGGAUUUGCUCGCUCUCCUGGUGGCCUACGCAGCAGGCUCCAGCAGGGGGUGGAAGACGUCUGUGUAUGUCGUUGCACUGAUCAUUGCGGUGCUGGCCUACAUUGCAAUUCAUGUAAUCCUGGCAUUCCUGUGUUCACAUCAUAAUGACAGUUCUCAGCCCCCGGCAAAUCCUCCUCCGAUACAGGAGGAGGCGAACGGUGGGAAUCAGGCAUAGUUAGCUGCAGUAUCACCCCCUUUAUUAUCAGUGUGCUGUGCAGUUCUGUUCAUGUGAGAUAGAGAGAGUACUCGAUGUGAGUACGACACACUUGCCAAAAUUCAAGGUAGUUUCUCUUUUGUAUUUUCAUUUCUCCCCAUUUUGUGCCCCAAUUUGAUCUAU